GCAUUAUAUCAUGUUGUUGUACAUAAUUGUGUAUGUUUGAACAAUAUGAAAUAAAUACUGUAUAAACCAACACAUAAAUGUAUUGAUCUAUCUUUUUACAGAAUAAUUGUGCGUCUUUCAUAUUUCAAGCCUCUGACAGAAACUGCACAUUGUUUAGCGUCUUCAUGACGUCACCAUAUGACGUAACUUACGGAAGAUAUUACGUCAGAUCUACUGCCGAGGAAUAUAUUGAAGUGUUAGAGACAUGCAGCAGUGGAAGUUUGCCAAGUUCAAGUACAAAUGUUGCUCUGCAUAAACCGGUGUCUAUGAGCUCCUCUAUAUCAGGCGUUCCAUCUGCUUUAAUGACGGAUGGAAAUCGUGACGAUACACACCCAUGUGCUCACACAAAUUUAGAUACCUAUCCUGAAGCGAUUGUUGACCUCGGAAAAACCAACAAUAUCACAGCAAUUUACAUUAUUAAUCGGGGGGACUGUUGUUGUGAGUAUUUUUGCUUAAAUGCACAUUUAGCCCCAACUAUAAAUUUUGUUUUGUUCUUUAUUUUUGUUUUUGUUGUUUUCUUUUGUUGUCGUUGUUUGUUUGUUUUUGUAUUUUUUUCAUACUUUAUUAAAGAGACUGCUAUA